GCGGGCGGAGCGAGAGGAGGAGCCGUCGGCGGCCGGGGCGCCUUGUUGCUAUGGGGAGACGGCGAGGGAGGGGGCGGCGUCGCCGCUGCUGCUGCUGCGCAGGGCAAGGGAAGCCAGAGGCAGCGGCGGCGGCGGCGGCAGCAGCAGCUGCUGAUUCCUGACACAUUUCCCCCCCUCGCUGCCAUAUUGCUGCCCCCUCCCCCUUUGCGCGAGCUUCAUGCGUACAGCCAACAAGAUUAAAUGGGUCCAGUAACUGGAAUGACUCCGGACAAGAAAGCUGAAACGCCGGGGGCAGAGAAAUCCGCAGGGCUGCGGCACAUCCAAAGAAUGGGGAGCUUGCCGGAGGCGGUGGAUGCGGCUCGGCCGAAGGCCACGGCCGUGGAUAGCGAACUGGCCGACGACGAGCUCACAAACUUGAACUGGCUUCACGAAAGCACGAACCUCCUAACAAACUUCAGCCUCGGAAGUGAGGGUCUUCCGGUGGUUAGCCCCCUGUACGACAUCGAGGGCGACAGUGUGCCAUCCUACCCUUCUUCCUGCUACUCCAACCCCGAGAAGAAAUCUGCCACAUCGAAGCCCCCCUAUUCCUUUAGUCUCCUCAUCUAUAUGGCGAUAGAGCAUUCGCCCAAUAAGAGCUUGCCGGUGAAAGAAAUCUACAGCUGGAUCCUGGAGCGCUUCCCGUAUUUUGCCACGGCCCCCACUGGCUGGAAGAACUCGGUCCGGCAUAAUCUUUCCUUGAACAAGUGUUUCCGGAAGGUGGAGAGAAGCCACGGCAAGGUGAAUGGAAAAGGUUCUUUGUGGUGUGUGGACCCAGAAUAUAAACCGAACCUAAUACAAGCCCUGAAGAAGCAGCCUUUCCCCUCUGCCUUUUUUUAUACCCCACCAGCAUCACCACUGAGUGGUUCACCUUCUCCUCACUACUUAACCUCAGUUUUGAAACAGAAUCAGGGUCGAUCUAUCAAAGACUCUGAUAUUGAUGCUGCUACUGCCAUGAUGCUGUUGAAUACUUCCAUUGAAGAAGGCAUUUUAGAUUACUCUUUAUUUUCCUCAGGUAAGAAGCCGCAGCCUCUCAAGCUGUCCAAGAAAAGGAAUUACGUCAGCACGUUCCAAAGCCACGGCAAGUCAAGUCCCGGGGGGAGCGAUUUCCCCGUCCCCAACAUUGACCCCAACGAGGACCACAACUACAGUGCCAGCAGCGUGGCCUCGCAGCGCUGCGUGUCGCCCUCGAGUGUGUCUUCCCUGUCGUCCGUCGACGAGGUCUACGAGUUUGUCUCCGAAGCCAGCCGGGUGGGGAGCGAGGGCAGCGAAGGGUUCCACAGCGAGGUGGACACGGACGGAGACGACCGCGAAGAGGACGAUGACGACGACCCCCUGGCCGAUAGCGGCUACACCUCGCAGCCGUGCCUCGCCACCUCGGACAAGGCCCAGCCUCGCAAGAAAGCCCUGGAGGAGCUGUGCCUAGAAAUCGACGAGGAACUGAAAGAGGCGGCCGGGUCUCUGCUUCAUCUAGCCGGGAUUAGCCCCUGUCUAGGCUCCCUCAUAAGUACUGCAAAGACCAAUAGCCAGAAACGAAGGAGAAGGAACGACGUCACAGCCUGAGAAGUGUGUUUGGGGACGGGGGGGGGGGGGAGAAGAUACGUCUAUCAAUAGAGAUAAAUGCAUAUUUUAUUUUUUAGCGUGGCAAUACUCCUCUACUUUUUACCCUUCACAAGGGAGAUCAAAGCCAUAAAAGGACUUUUUGUUCAUGUAUUUUUAUUUUCACAGAUUAUAGUUUUGCAAUUUGUUUCUUUUUCUAAUUGCAAAAGCGGUGGUUUUGAAGCAUUGAAGAGUGGAUUACAAUUGUGCAAAACAGGUGGGACGGGGGCAAAACAAACCAACCAACAAACCAACACAGCAGUUCCUUCUCCCUGGUAAUUUUAGCAAAGUUGAAUAUUUGAGUUUAUUGGAGGAGUGGGUGCCAGUAUCUCUAUCAUCUCAUACCUUGUACAUCUCUUUGGGUUUGGAACCUGGGGGCUUCAUUUGACCUGUCUGAGUUCAUCAGGCUCUGCGCAGAGAACAGGGCAGCCAAUCAGAUGUUGGGAGCUGGACUGCAGCUUCCUUCUGCCCUCCCCAUUGGCUGUGCUGGCAGGGGUUGAUGGGAGUUGUAGUCCAACAGCAUCUAGAGGGCCACACAUGCCCCAUUUCCUCCAAUGGGAGUGAAGAAUUGUGCCUUGCUUCCUGGCGCACCUGUUCCGCAGCGAGGCCCGGUGCUUGUAUGUUAUGGCGCAUAAAGUCCAAUGUGUAGUCUGUCUUUCUCUAAUUUUUCGGGGAGAGGGUGGAGUGGAUGCAGUGCCUGCAUUGAACUCUACACAUGUAGUUCUCAGCCUGCAUAAUUUUUGGCCCUCAAAGAUCAGUCGGUGGAGAACAAGUGGGAAAAGGCUACAUGGACUGUCUCCUGUUCCAGACUGACAUGCAAUUCACAAAUCCCAGGUGGGACUGAAAGUGGAGGGAGGUACAUUGGGAGCAGGAGAACAAGCAGGUGCAAUCCUGCCCCCUCUCUCUGUGCCCACGGGCUCCUACCUCUCUCGGUUCUAGACCAGGGGUAGUCAACAUGGUGCUCUUCCAGUUUUGUAUUCCAUCUUCCACCCUUCUUGAUCAAUGUCCAUGCUGGUUGGGGCUGAUGGGACUUGGGAGUCCAGCAAGAAUGGAAGGGCAUGGAGUUGACUAUCCUUGAUCUGGUUCUGACACCUUCACGUGUUCUGAUUUAAGUAUUUGCAAACGCAGGAUAAGGUCUACCAGCUUUCAGCUUGGCUUCCGUUGUUGCAUAAUUGUCUCAUGUGCAAGUCGAGGGUCUGGAAUAACCUGAAUAGUAGACAACUGCCAUGGUGGGUCAGUUACCGAUUGACUGAUGUCUGCAGUGAUAACACAGGGAGGGUGUUGGGAAUGCAACAUGUAAACGUGGAUGUUUUUGAGACUCUAAUCUUGAAGGGUUAAUCUCCACUCUUGUUUUCACCUUCCUUGGAACAGCACAAAGUAAGGAGCUGGUUCCUUUUCUUGUCUUUCUUUCUUUCUUAUAUUUUAUUAUUAUACUUUAGAUCUUCAGCGCACACUUUUAUUAGCAAACCCAAUGUUCUUUUGGUCUCGAUAGCCAGAUUGAGUGAAAAAUGUUGACUGCUAAAAUUGUAAAUGGCUGUUGCACAGAGAACUUGUAGUUACAUGUUCAGGUGAAGCAUAAUGAAAUGGGUUUCUUUCUUUUCUCUUUAAGGUUACAGUGGUUGAUGCUGGCCUACUUCUCACUGAGGAGAAAAGCUUGUUCUGGACUGGACCAUUUUAGGCUACAGGUGAGGGCACACACAAUUGAUUACUGUUCUGCAUGAAGCAGAAAAUCUCAAAUAGGUGUCCAGGGGAAGGACUCUAGCCUGGCUUUCUUCCUGACAUCAAGUUCUUUUAAACGUAAAAAUCAUUCAAAUCGCCGUGCAGCUUUACACUGUGUGAGCCCCCACCUGCAGUCAGAAGCAGAACCGUACAAACAGAGCUGGCAGCCUCAAUGAGGACUAGGUUCUUGAAUGCAUUCUUACUCCACUUGGAAAACCGACCUUUUUUCCUUCUCUUCUACUGUGUGCUUCAGUUUUGCACUGUAUUAACCUAGCAUCCCUCAAGAAGACAGUAUAUAAUACGCAGCCUUAAAGGGCACCGUUUUUUAACGUGUGCGCGGGCAGAGUUACGCUCCCUCCUUAAGACUCUGAGAGGAGCUUAGGAAAUGCCUGCGGUUGAUGGUUAGCCGUCCGUCCCAUCUUCCUUGGGGAGCAGUGACCGUUGGAGUGAAAUCCUGACUCCUGUUAAAAUCAGCGGGAAUUUUGCCAUGGUUCGUGCAGCCAGAAUGGCACCUUUCUUUUUAUCCAUUAUCGCAGCAAUAAUAUCCCCUCCCUUGUCAAGUGUCAAGGAAGCCCAAGAGCUCUGUGCUUGCUCUUCCGCCAACACAGUAUUCUAGCGCGUGCUUAAAGUGUAAUGUGGGAAUGGUAAAGAUGCGCCUGUGAAGCCCUGA